CAACAGUCUGUGGGAUUACCAAGCCAGGGGGAAAUGACAGACUUCACUGAAGAGGAUUUAGACCACUUCCUGCUAAAUCAGGUACUUUUAUUCAACUUUUGAUGUCUCUGCCGAACCCACUGAGCUUGAAUUUGCACAUUAUAGGGCCCGUGUUUUGCAUGGUAGGUGCAUUUGAAUGGCUUUUGACUGUGAUUUUAUUUUUGGGUGGCGGUGUGCAUCUAUCUGACUCAUGAUGAGUCAUGACUCAUAUUUUCUUUGUUGUUGUUUUUGGGUAGAUAUUUUUUAUUGUAUUUAUUUGUAUGUAUUAUUUUGAAGUUUAGCUAGUCACAGGGUUGUAAAGCUUCUCUCCCCCUGCCUAGGUGGACCUGAGGCAUCGGCUGGUGUCCAAAACGGUGGAGGAGGUCCAGAAGAUAAUGAAGGACCUCACGUCUGAAGUCAGUAAUAAGGAUGCUCGUUUCCUGUCCAUUGCAAACUCUGGAGUUCAUAACAAUGACAACGUGAAAGAUCAACCAGCAUUGCUGUCUAAAUGGACAGCUCUACUGCGAGGAAAAUAUGCCUUCAACCCCGCAAUUCAGGUUCUGACGCCCACGCUGUUCCUGAUCUCGGUUCCGGUGAAGGGGCUGAUCGGCUACAAGGAGCGCCGGGCGCGGCAGUGGCGCUACUACUCGCUGACCGGCUCGCGGCUGCUGUCGCCCGUGCGCGAGCCCGAGAAGCUGCACCAGUGGCUGGAGCUGGAGAGCUUCGCCAACGCCUCGCAAGAGUGGCAGGACGCCGCCGUCGCCAUCGAGGGCGACAUCGUGCCCGCCAAGGUGGUCACCGUCUUCAGGGAGCAGCUGGAGGAGGCCAUCAAGAGCUGCUCGCUCACAGGGAAAGUCAGCAUCCUGGAGUCGGUGGGUUCGGUGGUGCGGGUUGCCGUGGAGACGUCGGAGAUGCAGGUGGAGGCGGAGCUGGUGCCCACGGUGGAGCUGAUGAACUGCUGGCCCAAGAAGGCCCGUUGGCCCCGCCUCCUCAAAAGAUGGCCGUCUGCCGAGAGAGCCCGCUGCAUAAAGUCUUUCGGCUUUAACCUGAUGGCCACGUCAAACUACCACUGGCUUCUGUCCUUCUCACGGGCGGAGCAAGUGCUGCUGGGAAGCAUCGACGAGGACGGAGGCUGCCGCCGGAAGUGUUAUCGAGUCGUCCGACAGCUCAAAGAGGAUGUGUGGUGUCCCGGCAACAAGCCUGUCAUCACGACCUAUCACUUGCAGACGCUGCUGUUCUGGACGUGUGAGAAGUACUCGGGGACUCGCGACUGGAGGAACCUUCGCGAGAGCGUCCUGCGGCUGGCCAAGAAGCUGCUCAAGUGCGCCACCCAGCGCUACCUGCGCCACUACUUUGUGCGCGCGCACAACCUGCUCAAGUACACCAACACCAACGAGCUGGACGACAUGGCCAAGAAGAUCGCAGAGUUCCUGGAAAACCCAGGGACCUACAUACACUGA